AUGGGUAAUUUGCCAGCAGUGCGGGUAAAUCCGGGACGUCCAUUUAAUCAUAUGGGUGUUGAUUACGCCGGCCCGUUUACAAUUAAGAUAUCGCGUAAUAAAUCGGGCAAAGUAUACUUGGCUGUAUUUGUGUGUUUAGCCACUAAGGCUGUUCAUUUAGAAGUCGUUUCUGAUUUGUCAACCGUUGCAUUUAUUAACACUUUGAAACGAUUCGUCGCAAGGCGUGGUAAAAGCAGUCACUUGUACUCAGAUAACGGUCGCAAUUUCGUAGGGGCCAGAAAUGAAAUGAACGAGUGGGUAAGGUUUAUCCAAAGCGAACUAUUAAAGAACGAGGUUUUAGAGUUUACUGCUGAACAAUCAAUUAGGUGGACAUUCAUACCCCCAUAUUCUCCUCAUGUUGGAGGGAUAUGGGAAUCAGCCGUAAAGGUAGCUAAAUCUCAUAUGAAGGCAGUAAUGAAUCAGAAUAGUUUGACAUUUGAAGAAUUGCCUACAAUAUUUACUCAAAUUGAGGCUAUACUAAUUUCGAGGCCAAUAACUCCAGUCUCAACGGACCCCUCAGAUUUAUCGACACUUAUGCCUGGACACUUUUUAGUAGGCGCGCCCUUAACGGCGAUUCCAGAACCCAAUCUUGAGCAGAUACACUUAAAUCGCUUAUCGCGCUUUCAACUACUAUCUAGUAUUAUACAAGGCUUCUGGAAGCGUUGGUCAAGAGAAUAUGUUUCUAAUUUACAAGUUAGACAAAAAUGGAAAGAACGUAAAGAAAAUCCUAAUCUUAAGAUAGGUGCUCUUGUAUUGCUACGAGAUGAUAACGCCCCCCCGCUUCAAUGGAGAUUGGGUCGCAUAAUCGAGCUCAUUAAAGGACAGGAUGGACUAGUUCGGAUGGUGGAAUUGAAAACCCAGUUAGGGUUAACUCAACGAGCGAUUCAGAGAAUUAGUGUAUUGCCAUUAGAAUAA